GGUCCCCAUAUGUCGGCCAGAUUAAGCUCUUUCCCCAUCCCCAUUCCCCCUGCGAAACCUACCGCGCCCUCUCUCUCUCGCGCGCGAUUUCGUGGUGGCGAUUCCGGUGAGCUUGGUGCCGGCAAGGCACAGCAGAACAGCAGCGCGGGCGUCGGUGGUGCUGGGAGGGUCGGAGCCGAGUUUCCCCGGAGGGGGCGGGGGGCGAGGGUUUUGCUGUUGAUUUCGCCGCGGCCCGCGGCGCAAGAUUAUUUUACCGGCAAGGCCAUGGGGUGCGUGGGGACUCCUGCAUGUCUUCGGGCGAGGUGCAGAGGGCUGAUGGAGGGCGAUCUCGUUGCUGAAAUCCGGUGCUGGUGGCGGCAAUAUCCCGGGCGCAUCGAGCGCGACGGGGACGGAUCGACCACGGCGGCGAGCGUGCACACCAUCUACGGACCACAGUGCAUUCUUUCCUGUGCUAAGGAGCGUCGCUCCCUUCCUAAGCAAGGUUAUACUUGUUGUCUCGCAAUGGAUGGGGUUAAGAUACUCUGUUCAGGCUUUGAAAAAGACGAGAAGGCUAAGAUCGAACAAUUAGUGGAAGCUAUGGGAGGUCUUCUACAAGCUAAAGUUUCUAUGGACAUUAACUUUGUAAUUGCCAAGGAUGUCUCGGCAGCUAAAUAUAAAUGGGCUCUGAAUAUUCUAAAGAAGCCUAUUGUCAGUAUGAACUGGUUGGAGCAAUGCUGGAUCGAACAUCGUGUUGUGCCUCAUGAACCUUACAGGAUUCUUCCUUUUACUGGGCUGACUAUAUGCUUCACCAAACUAGAUGCAGAUAAACGGAUGGAACUGAAGGAAGUAAUUUUGCAAAAUGGUGGGCAGUAUUCUGCAACUCUUACGAAGAAGUGCACUCAUUUAGUUGCAACUGAACCUGGAAGUGACAAGUAUGUUGUUGCUAAAAAAUGGGGUCAUAUUCUCAUUGUGGAUCGAAGAUGGAUCGACCAAUCUGUUGCUCGAAGAGCUUGCCUAGAUGAGAAUGCCUAUCUCAUUUCUGAGAGCUCUACUACUUUUAAGGGCAUAAGAGGUUCCGCUAAGGAGCAACGAAACCCUGAGAUCAGUGGUGCAAGUUUUCAACCUGUUCCAGCGGCAUCAGUUGAUGAUUCAGUAUCAACAUCACAGUAUGUGCAGGCUUCUGGUGAUGCUUCAAAGAUCUGCAGUUCUGAUGUUGUUGGUGCACCUUCCGUCCAAGAGACGAACGAAAUGCAGGUUGAUAGCCAUGUAGCUGAGGACUCGGAGGCCGAAGAUGACGAUCUUUACUUAUCAAAUUGCAGAAUUUCUCUUGUGGGUUUUGAGGAGAAAGAGCUGUCAAGGUUAGUCACAAUGAUACGCGAUGGUGGUGGAUCCCGACAUGUUAUGUUAAGUGAGAGGCUUACUCAUAUUAUUCUAGGUGCACCUUCAGAGGACAGAGAGAAAAAAGAGGUAAGGCGCCUCGCUGCUUGGGGUGUGAUAAAUGUGGUAAAGGUAACAUGGUUAGAGGACUGUAAUAAAGCAAAAAAAGAAGUCAAAGUAUCAGCAACUCACUUGGCUAGUGAUUUACUCUUAAAAGAAUUUCCAUUCUUGAGCAUGGACAAAUCUAGUGAUACACGUGAAACGAAGGCAGCAAAAAGUUUGUGUGGAAUGUUUCAUGUUCCAGCUGUCAAUGAUUCACAUGAUAAACAGCAGGUGAAAGAUUUGUCAUCUGAAAGAAAACUAGCCAGGGGCAGACAUGAAAACAUGAAUAAUACCCAAACAACAACCAGGUCUGCAAAAUCAAGCCAACAAAGUGGAGAAUUGUCAUCUGAAAGAAAGCCAGCCAGGGGUAAACAUGAAAACAUGAAUAAUACCCGAACAACAACCAGGUCUGCAAAAUCAAGCCAGCAAAGUGGAGAAACAAGUAUUGGCAAAGCAACUUCUUCUGCAGUGAAUCUACGGAGUAGCUCUUCAAAUAUUUUCAACGGGAGAACAUUUUGUUUCUCAAAAUCAUUUUCUCAUGACCGGAGAGCUGAGGUUGUUGACUGGCUCAGGAAAGGUGGAGGCAUGUUGGUGGAUGAUGCACAAACUGUUGUGGAUUUCAUAAUUGAGUGCCAUGGACAGAACAACAUGCAAUGUGACUUCUCUCAUUCAACUUUUGUUUCAACUCAAUGGAUAGCCUCAUGUUUGGAGGUGGGCUAUAUGCAAGAUGUUGGAAGUCAUCCUAUCUUCUCUCCUUUGCUCUGUCGCAUCCCAUUCCCAGGGUUUGAAGAUUUUCGUUUCUGUGUUUCACAAUAUGAAGAGAAAGAUAGAAUUCUGCUGAAGAACUUAUGCCUUACUCUAGGAGCUAAAUUUACUGAUAAAGCAACAAAUAAAGUAACCCAUCUUAUCUGUAAAUUUGCAAGUGGUCCAAAGUACGAGGCUUUCCAUAAGAGGGGAGUUCCAACCAUUACUGUGGAGUGGCUUUUUGAAUGUGUACGACAGGACACAAUUAUCCCUUUUGAUCAGUUUCUGCCAAAACCACCUACUUCUCAGGACAGGGAUACUGGUCUGUGCACAGUCAGUCAAUUUCCAACACAAGCAGCCAAUACAACCUGUAAAUUUGAUUGCCCUGAGCCGCUCAGCGAAUUUCAAGUACCAAGAGGCAGUUCAAAACACAGCUCUGGCUCCUCUGUUAGUGGGGAUAAAAAUUCUUCUUCCAUUAACAAAAGAAGACGAUUGGAAACAAGCAGCGCUAAUGAGACAUCUGGGACCGUCAGAACUGAGAAACAUGCGGACACCAGCUCUGUUCCUGCUGUUGCAGACUCCAUAGAGGACCUAGAGGACCUACUGGUUCAGUCAUCCAAGAAUUCUGCACCUGCUGAUUCUGUUGUUCAUCAAGAUGAGGAACAUCGACCUUUGCCUGCUUGUACUUACAUUCCAUACAGUGACAAAAUCGAAAAUCACUCAAACAACUGGCCACAGAAGCAAGGCAGCCCCACUGGCAAGAAUUUUCUGGGCGCGAACUCCAUCCAGGCACCUGCCCCUUCCCCCAGCCCCUACUUGACGCCUUUCAGUGAGACACAGUCAGAAUCCCAGAUUGUCGGGUACGAAGAAGAUUUCACCGGCAUCCAAAAGAUCAUUGACAGAGUUAGUUCUCAGAAAAAGGGUAAUACCAUUGACAGAGUUCGGUCACAGGGCAUCAAUCAAUGAAACUCUAUCAAAUGAAACGGCUUGAGCUGAGUUAAGGACAAACCUGGACAUCAUGAUUACACGAGAAAAAAAGAAAGAAACAUCUGAUUCUGCUUACCUGGCCUAGUUGUUGUCAGCAAGAUGGAUGGAUUCUGCAUCCUGGAGGCUAUUUCUAGGCAGGAUACAUCAUGUGCUGGUGGCACAGCUGCAGAAGCUUGCCGCGGAAUGGUACCGAGGAAUGUAUGUUUGUACCGCAGCUUUGUAUAGCGAAUCAACACUGUGGUGCUUGUCUUUUUUUGUUCUUCCUGAGAAGACGGUCAGAUAUUCUGACCUGUAUGUUUGCUGUACCGGAUAUUUGUAUCUUGUAUUAAAAUGGACAUAGAAUAUGAGAUGCAAGAGUUGCGAAGGCUGACGACAUAUUCUGUUUCUCGAUAA